CAGCUGUUUGUACUGCCUGGCAACUGGUGUAAACGAAGGGACAAAAGGUGCAGCCACGCCACCAGAGACUAAACAAACCUGCCCGUCCCAGCGAGAAGUCGAGCUCUCCGCCCGCCAAGAUGUUGCAGGACAGUCGGCAAGACUUACAUCUGACCAGUACCGGCAAGGGGCACGAGUUCCGCGGGAGUUACUACUUCCCUGACUCCACGUUUAGGACGACAGUCCUGGACCCCCUGCCUCCCCCCUUGUCCAAGCAAGAUGAGGUGCACCCGUACGACAGCCUGAUCAAUAACUAUGAAACCACCACCGGGAAAUUCCAUGACUACAAGUACAUGGGGGGUGUUCUGUCCAACCCCCUGCACAAGAAGGCUCCAGGACAUUGGAAAGUACACUAUGUAAAGGAUCUUCAUGAAAAGCUCCAGGUCCGUGAGGCCUUGCGUCCUGCCCUCACCAUGGGUAAUCAGAAGACUGAAGUUCAGGACAACUACAAUGCAAAACGGGGUCUGAGUCUGGACUCUGCGUUCAAUGCAGGUCCACAAAACCCCACCCUGAGAGACCAUCAUGUGGACGGCCCCACUAAGGCUGUGAUUGCAAGCACAAAGAAUGACGCCCUGUCUGGACAGCCUUUCUAUGCCCGUGACCAGGGUGUGUUCAGACUGAAUGACAUGUACAUUACCACAACACACAAGGACCACAGGCCCUUCAGCAGACAUGAGAUGGAGGGGUAUCCUAGGAAGGAUGUCCCAACUUAUUGGCAGUGUGAGGAUUACCCGAAAGCUUGGGGGCAUGGACUUAAACAUAACCCACUUCCAAAAGAUGCCUCUAGGAUCUCCAGAGAAACCCCCAUGAGAGACAUCACCUGGUUCCCCACGGCAACCAGGAUUCCCAGACUUCCCAAGAAGCUGUCACCUGUACCACACAGUGGACUGAAGACCCUGUACAGCCAGUCUUACAUUGAACCUUCAGAUGUGAAGAGCAAGGAUAUCUUCUCCUGUCCUGUGGACACACCAUGGGUCAUACCAGAUCCAGGUCCACUAGAAACAUUUGCAGUACCGAGCAUGUACAAGACAGAAUACAUGACAUAUGCCAGCGGCAAGCCCAUAUCUGUUUAGAUUGUCAAAUAUUUUCCUUUGUCUAAUUCUACUGUGUCAUAAUCUCUGAUUGUUAUACAAUAUAUUUCUAACAGCACAUACUUGAUAUUGCCUUUAUAUUUAUGUUACUGACAGAGGGUCAGUGCUUGUACAUAGCAUUACUAUAACAUUUUAAUGAGGUGUUGUAAAGCCACGUCUUCCUUAAGUAGAAUUGUCUGAAUACACCACGAAGAAGGAUCUUAGUCCACAGUUCCAAAAUCAUGAUUGAUAUGUGUCAAAUGUCAAAGACUACAGAUAUACCCCAAAAAGCUGAACAUGGGGUGAUAUAGUGAUAUGAUAAUUGUUUGUAAAAACUAAUGUCAUUACAAAGCCACUUGGAGAAUAGGUACAGAAUGUCAAAAUAACAAUGACAUAAGCUGGAAAGCUUCAUGUCAUAAGGCAUGUUUUUUUAUAUUAGCCAUGAAAUGGCCAAUUUUUUCUGUCAGUUUUUCACAUAUUAA